AUGUCCUCUAUAGCCUCUUCUACAUCGUCCGAGAAGACGCCAGAUGAUUCGUCCAAGUUGAAGACGUUUUUAUCCAUUCUUCGCAAGUUUGUCGGAGUGGCUGACAUUGCCUCCGUUCGCUUCUCGUUGCCCGCACAUCUUCUGGAGCCGACUCCCAAUUUGGAGUACUGGAACUACUUGGAUAGACCGGAGGCCUUUGCAAGUAUCGGGCAGUCAGAAGAUCCUCUGGGACGAAUGCUCGAGGUUCUGAGAUUCUGGUUCACUAAGGACCUGAAAUAUAUCAAGGGCAAGCCAUGCAAGCCCUAUAAUUCCACACUCGGAGAGUUCUUUAGGUGCACCUGGGACGUGCAAAACACACUUCCUGAAGUAUCGCCUGGUUUCACAUCGAUCCCGAUAGACACGGCUCCCAGCUCAAAUCACAGCACUGGCAAGCCCAUCACAGUAUGCUACCUGACAGAACAGACCUCGCACCAUCCUCCAGUAUCAGCGUUCUACAUCGAUUGUCCAGUGCGAGGAGUUACGGCUCGUGGCUUUGAUCAAAUCAGUGCCAAAUUUACAGGUACCAGCAUUAGAGUCACUCCAGGACAACAUAACCUGGGAAUAUUCAUCAAUGUUCAGAGCAGGGAUAAUGAGGAGUAUCACUUGACUCAUCCGGCAGCUCAUUUGGGUGGCUUGUUAAGAGGAGCGCUCGCCGUUACGGUUUCAGAUACAUGCCACAUCAUGUGCGCUCAAACACGUAUCAAGGUCAUUCUGCAAUAUUUGGAAGAGGGUUGGAUUGGACGCGCUCAAAACAAAGUUGAGGGCGUGAUUUUCCGCUACGAUCCUGACAACGACACUGUCACAAGGAUCAAAGAUGUACCUCAUGGGGAUGUUCUUGCCAAAAUCGGCGGCUCGUGGCAUGGGCAGAUUUUCUACACCUUGGCUGGCUCCAAUGAGAUGAAUCUUCUGAUCGAUAUCACUCCUCUAUUUCCGGUUGCAAAGACUUUGCCUCCGGAGGAGGAGCAGCUCUCCAAUGAAUCUCGAAAGUUUUGGUCGGCUGUCACUGAAGCUAUUUUGGACAAAAGAUAUAGCCAGGCAACCAAACUCAAGCAGGAUAUAGAAGAACGCCAACGACAGAAGGCCGCUGAGCGUCAGAAGAUGAACGAAACAUGGCAACCUCGGUUCUUUACUGGAGCUGUUACGCCUUUGGGUAAGCCUGAAUUGACCGAAGAAGGAAUCAGGGUACUCGAAGGUUUACAUCAUCGUGACUAUAAAUUGCAAGAGGGUGAAACAAAAGGCGCAUGA